AUAGUUAGUCGCUCACCCGUACUGGCGGGAAAGUCGGUGUUCUCGCGAUCAGUUUCGAUCUUUUCCACGCCUUCGUCGUAUUAUCUAGGCAAAUUCGAUUGAUCGAUUCGUGCGAAACGAGGGAGAUGGCGGUUUUGAUCGUUACGUGGUGAAUUUGUAUUCACGUAAGUGAAUUUGUUUGCAAGCAGGCCUUAGAGUGGUGCGACAGUUUCGUCAGUGAAUUGUGGUUGCGCUCAGCAACGAUACAGUGGUCACUCUUGUCACAGGUUAGAGGAGGUUUCUACGGUUUUCGCUUGAAAACAAGUGUUGCAUAGUGGUUCGCGAUUGUUGCCGGCGAGUUUCCUUUAGUCUGUGGUGAUAAUAGGAAGAUCGUGAGGCCGCGUGAUAAAGCGGAGAAAGCAGCUACGAAGAAGCUUGGUCACGGCCGAGAUUUGCGAAUUAAUUACGCGCUGGCACGAAUUCGCCGAGUGUCGUGAUCCAACGGGGAACCGCACAACGAAACGUCCACGAGAAAGCUGCGAAACUACUGCGAAACAAAGUGGCAAGUGCCUUAUUCGAGCUCGGUAUACCUAGAAUCUAUCGAGGAUUUUCUACGAAUUUCAUCUCUUGUCCACGAUACCAACAUUCAGCAACAGAGAGAAGCUUGAAACGAAUUCUUCGAACGAUUUCAUUCCAUACAAAUAUAUAAAUCUUCGGAGAAGUAUAAUAAAUAAUCGGCAGAGGAGAAAGCAUAACUUCUCUGAUUUAUAAGUUGUAACAAGUGAGCCAGAGAACAUAAAUAAGAAAUACAUAAAUAAAGAAGAAAUAAAGUGGACAGUGACCAAUGAAGUUCAUACGAUCAAUCGAGUAAACAUCGAAGCACAACUCUCGUUUACUCGCGUAUAAUCAACUGGCGAAGGCCGGACCCUUAAAGCAGCGCGUUAAGCACGGUCGACCGUCAUCGCUAACGUCAGUGAUGACAGCAGUGAGGUGGCGUGCAGGCCGUGGUGUUAAGUUCUCGCCGGAUAAAUGUGCGCGAUGUAUUAUUACGCCAGCAAGCUGACUGCGGCGGCUCUAAGCGGGGGUGGUUCCUUCGGAGGGGGCGGAGGGGCAGCGGGAGGUGGCGGCGGGUCGGCGGUGUGUCGAUGCCACGAGGCACACAGAGACCAGCAACAACAACAGCAACAGUCGCCGAAGAGGAGUCAACAGCAGUCGUCGCAGACCACCCGUCAUCAUUCCCGUACACCCCGGGUGAACACCCCCACCCUCGGGCCCACCACCUCCGAACACGUCGUUGUCGAGCAUCCAAGGCCCAACCAUUAUCAUCGUCAUCGCACCAAGCACAAGUUUCCGGGAUGCAGAAAGGAAUACAGUGGCUUAGAGGAACGGAGCUAUUUCGAAGAUACUUUCCGGCACGCACGAACCUCGUAAAUCCGUGAAAUCCAAGGGCGAGCGG